AUGCCCAGUAACCUCUUGCGGUCACAACUCACAAACCUCUUCAUCUCUGCUUCCUCUAGAUCAUCUUUCACGCACACACAUCCUUUAACAAGGCUAGAGAUCUUUGCAGCUCUGAUAACAAAAAGUCGCACGCAAAAAAUGAAGCUCUUCUUUGCCACCCUGCUGCUUUGUUCUCUUCUCCUAAGCUCCUCUUUCUUGGAGCCCGCCAUGGCUCAGUCAGGAUUUUGCAGCAACAAGUGCAAAAGCAGGUGCGCAAAAGCAGCGGUGCAGGAUCGAUGCAUGAAGUACUGCGGGAUAUGCUGUGAGCAGUGCAAGUGUGUUCCUUCGGGGACUUAUGGGAACAAGCAUGAGUGCGCUUGCUACAGAGACAAGAGGAAUUCCAAGGGCAAGCCCAAAUGCCCUUGAAAAUGGCUGCUUUAGGAACUUGUGUAUGAAUGAACAGAGAGAGAGAGAGGUUGAAGAGUGUGUCGAGAUAGGUGCGGUGCAUAAUAAAGAGUAGGCAGCCAUGCAGUUUAUUAGUUAGUCUGAAUUAUGUAUGUAUGUCUGUGAGAGAGUCCAAUCACGUGUAAUUGGAAUAAUAUUGAGAGCAGCAGGACGUAUAUUGGUGUUA